UCAGUUCGAAGUUCGGUACUAAUCGGUGCGUCUCGCUUGUUUGUUUUGUUUACGUUUUAUUUUCAAUUAAAAACUUUUCUAACGCCGCCGUCCUUUGUUUACAUUAGUACAUUAAUUAACACGAGAACCGUUCAGUGUUGUGUGUAACUGUGAUAUCUCAUAUGUAAUUCGUAUUGCAAAUAUUUUGCACAUUAAAAGUUGAGUUUAGUCAUCAUCCCGUGAAUUUUGAGUUUGGUUUUGUUAUUGUGAUAUUUUCGUGAAUUAAGCGCUAAAAUGUUAGUGCUGUAAUAAUCGAUGGAUAAAUAGAGAUGAUCCGAUUGGUGAUUCCAGCGAUGCUAUUGGCGGAUACGUCACCGUGAUGACGGGAGGAUCGCUGUGAUUGGCGGAGUGUCAGCCUGCCGCGCCGUGAUUGGUGGAAAAUGUCUGGGCUGCAAGCGAGGAAUGAGGAGCCGAUCAAUGGAGUGGAUGUUAGGGAGCAAGGUAGCGCUUUGAGGGUGGCGACAAAUACUCCGCAUUUGGUGAGCCUCGGAACCGGUCGCCUGAGCACUGCCGUCACCUUGCAUCCUAUCAAGCAAGGUCGCGUGACCAUAGGCUCGGACCCAACAUGCGAUAUCUACGUGGUGGGCACCGGCGUGGCCAGCGUGCACUGUCGCGUGGAGAACUCGCACGGCGUCGUCACGCUGUACCCGCUGAGCGGCAGCACUCUGCUCGACGGACUGCCUGUGGACAAGCCCACCAGACUGUCGCAAGGUAGCAUGCUAACAAUAGGACGGUCGAACUACCUCCGUUUCAACCACCCCGCAGAAGCCAAGCUCAUGAAGUCGGUGUUACCUUCGGCUCACGUCUCCAUGGCGCCCGUACAGUUCCAGCCUAAUGACCAGUGUGUUAAUACAGGGUACGUCACCCACCACUCAGAAAGUUACCAAACCAACAACCUGCAGAAGAUAUACAAAGACAACUCCUUAACGCAAUUAGACCAAGAACUAGACAUGACUCUCAAAGAAAUGUCCAGGAAAAAGCCCCCAGUUGCCCCUAAGAAACCUUACAGAGACCUUGAUACUUCAGACUCAAACUCUGACCAAGAAUCUAGACCCAAAAUGUCCGGGAUCAUGGCUAAAGUAUCGAAAUUCGAGUACUACGCUAAACAACAGAAAAUUGGUAGAAGCCAGUUUUACACGGCAAACGAAAACGAAAUAUCUCCGAAAGUAUUUAGCUCAAAUUCUUUAACAGUUAACACCCCAGCCAAAGAUGUGUUAGGCGGCAAAACUAUGCCUAAUUACAUGAAUAAAAUGAAAAAUGUUUUGAUAAACGAAAACAAUGCUGUAGACCCGAAAAACUGUUCGUACGCCAACGUCGCUAUAAGACACAGAACGAAAAUAGAUGACAUAGUAAAAAACUUUAGCGAACCUAAAGACUAUAAUAAGUUACCGAAAAAAGUUAACAACGACCAGCAAAAUGACAACAUUUACGGCAAAAUUAAUGUUGACAGAAAACCGGAGGAAAAACCGUUGCAAAAUGGUUUAGAAUCGAGCAAAAACGGUUUAGAAUCGAGCAAAAAUGGUUUAGAAUCGAGCAAAAAUGUGAUUGAAUCUGGGAAAAAUAAUUUGGAGAGUUACUCGAAUAUGAUGGAAAGGAAUGAGGUUUAUGGGAAGAUUUCUGAUAGGAGUAUGAGUUUGCCUAAAGGAAUUAGUUUGCCGUCGCCGGCGUAUGAUAGGAAUCCUCAAUACUCUCCGGUCUACGCCAAUACUUUGUACGACAGAAGUAUAGAAGCGGAGACAAGAAGGUUACGGGCGUACCAGGACAGAAUAAAGGAGGAAGAGCAGAAGGAAGCGGAAACGGCUCGGCUGGAAGAGAUCCUCAACAUGUGCGCCGAGUAUGAGAGACAAAUCGCUUCAGGCAUCCCAAUAACGCCUACAGAGAAGAGGCCGCACAACAAGAUCAUCACGAACGGCUCCCUGCCGCGCAGUGUUGCCCUCAACAACCCCAACUUUGUGCAGACCAGCGAUGGUUACUACAAGUUCGAAACUAGUCAUAACAAAAGUUCACCAAUGAGCCAAUCUCUUCCGAUCCAAAGGAAUCUCUCUAGCUACGAGAAUUUCGACACUUCUGCCUCCCCUACAGAACUAACCCCUGAGGUAGUCAUCCCUCAAAAUAACUACGAAAACGUAGGCAGGAUGGAUGAAAUAGGGAUUCCAGUCUUCGACGAUCCCUCGCCCAGAAUGCACGAUUUGUCUAGUCCGAUUAUGAUAAGAAAACUUCACAACCAAAGCGGGGAUCGAGUCCCUAAUCUCUCUUCACCAAUAGGAAGUCCCUACGAAAAUGUUUACUAUAGAAAUAAUGUGUAUGGCAAUCUAAAACCUAAGUCUCCUAACACCCAAAGUCCUAGAACGAGAAUUAAAACGACUUUUGCCCACAAAAAUCUACCUUCACCUCAGUAUUUUAUAUUCCCUACCCCACCUCCCGUAGACAAUUCCAAAAAACCUAACUUUGACGUAGACAAGAAAGAUAAUAAUGAAACAGAAAAACCUAAAUUCGAUGGUAUAGAAAAACAAUUAAGUCUCGAAGAAGAAAUUCCGAUGAUAGACGAUGAUUUAACGAAUGACUUAGAAUUCAGAUACUCCAAAGUAUUAAACGAUGAUAAGAAGGAACAAACUCCCGAAAAGAGUCCAGAUGUUUUGACUAAAAACCAAAGCUUUGAUGACAUGAAGAAAGAACUGAUGGCUGACAUUCCUGAGUUAGAAGAAUUUGAAAAGGAUUUAAAGGAAAAUAAAAGAGAGAAGAUAAUUAAAACAAUAACUGAAGAUAUUAAGAAGAUUGAUAUAGAAGCUGAUUCGUUAGAUAGCGCGGUUAUAGAUGAUAAUGUUGAUGAGUUAAAGAGUAAAUAUGACAAACUAAAAGAAGAGAGGAAGAAGUUGGUGACGGAAAUACAUGAAAUUAAGUGCAAAAUGUCCGAGAUUAGAUCACAAGAAGAUGAUAUCUUGAGAGAGUUGGAAAUGGAGAAAGCCCUAAUCAAAGGCGAGUACGAUUCCGAAAUAGCCAUACUAAACAUAGAACAGAAGAAGAAGUUGGACUUAGUAGAGAGUGCCAAGAAGAUUGAAGAAGAGAUCAAGCAGCUGAAAGAGAAGCAAGAAGCUAGACAGAACGAGAUGAGAGAUCGAGUGGAGAUAGCGACGUUGAAGGUUGAGAGGAUAGAGAAAGACCUGAAAGAGAGUGGGGCUACACUUGAAGAGUUACAGAACGCACAGGACAUUCUGGAUAACGAGACCAAGAUCUUUGAGGACCUGGAGUUCCAACAUCUUGAGGAAGAGUCAGAAUUAUUAUCAAACAGAGAAGACAUCCAAAACGAGAUAAUCCUACUCACCAAAAAGAUCGAAGCGCAAAAAACUCGUAUACUAACACUGAAAUCUGAAGCUAACAACAAUUUAACAUCCGCACUAGACGAAACGAAAAUCCUUCACGCCGAAUACGUAAGACUACUCAACUUAGUCGAAGAAAUAACUGGUAAAGUACAAACGAUAGAAAAAGAGCUAAAACCUAUCGUAGCCAAACUAAAUGAUAUUGAAAGAACCCAAUCUCCAGAUAGCGCAUUCUAUACUGACCAAACUAGAGCAAAGUCAGGGGAAUUCGGAUAUUCCCCACAAAGCUCUGACAGUGAUGAUAUUGACCUCAAAAUGUCUACUUUCGAAGAUCACAGCAAACUUCUAAAGGACAAAUUCAACUCUAUAGAUCAAAUGUCACAAUCUAUGACUGUAGAUAUUGAAAGGAGAGUUAUAACUGACUUGGUAGAUCAUGACGAACGAUACAGCGAGAGUCCUUCAAAAUCUUCCACUUCGUCCAAAGAAAAGAAAGGAUUUUGGGAACGAAAUUUCGAUUCUUUGAAACGGAAAAGUAAGAAACCGAAAUCGCCUGAAAAAGUUGAUAUAAUGUCUCAAAGCUUGAACGAAAACUUAUUCUUUAAUGAUAAUAUUGAGGCUGAUGUUAGUCUAGAUAAAUUCAAUAGUCUAAGACACUCUAAAAAGAAAGAUAAGAACACAGGACCAGUUAAAAGUAACUCCUCGUCUAAAAUCCCAACAUUCGCAGCUCUAGGCAAAAUCAUGAAAAAAGACUCAUUCGGCAAAAAAUCUCGCGAAAACAGUAUUAAAAACGACGAAUCUGACAAAGAAAAUAAUGCUAAAAACCGUUAUAUUAAAAACACGAAAAGUACAAAUCCUGACAAUAAAUACGUUAAAGCUAAAUCUUUGUCUCCUGAGAAGAAGGAAGAAGAUAUUUUAGAAGAACCUGAUAUUGAAGAACAGAAAAUAAAAGUUACUUUUGAGAAUACACCUCCUAAAGCAGACACUUUAAAUUCAGCUCAAACAGCUAAAAUUUUACAUAGAAAAAGUUGUGGAGACGAACCGAGCGUGAAAGAAUUUCAGAAAAUGACUGAUACGAAUAAGAUUCCUUCUCAAGAUGAUAUAGAUAGGAUUUCUAAAGUUACUAUUGAUGCUCCCAUAUUGCCUAGUGAUACCGAUAUGAAUUCUUUGGGAAAAAGGACGCUGGAUAGCUUGAUGGAGGUGGAAAGGAAAAGGCUUGAGAUGUUGGAGGAACAAGGUUGCCAAGUAAUAGAAAACGAACGCGAAAAGAUUUCCGAGCUCAAACGCCGUGUUCAAGACGAGACCAAAAAGUUAUGGGACCAAAAAUACCGCGCAGAACAGAGCAAGUCUUUCGACGAACAAUCUCAUAGUCUACCGCCAUUGUUGCCGAGGGAAGAAGAUAAGGUGUACGAUAGGAGCGUCAUGGAAGAUUCUAGUCUGAUAGAUGACAGCUUUAUGGCGAAUUCUAGUAUGUUUGAGGAGAGUUCCGGGCUAAUGUCAUCGUCCAUUGAAGAGCUCCAAGUGAGGAAUUCGCGCACCGAGUCUACUGAGGAUGACAAGCGCAGUGACGACAGUAGACCGCUCAGUCACGCCUCCGACUUCAGUAGGGACAAUAUUUUGUCUCUCAGCAAUGCCCCCCGGCGCAGUCGGCGCGGCGUGGCGCCCUACAGCGAGUCGCAGCGCCCCCUCACGCGAUACCUGCCCGUCGACAGAGACGACUUCGAUCUGCGUCGACACGUCGAGUCCGCCGGUCACCAGAUCGAGGUGUGUCCGUACGUGUCGGUGACGCCGACGUCGUGUCGCGGGUAUCUGCACAAGCUCGGUGCCAAAUUCCACACAUGGUCCAAGAGGUGGUUCGUUUUCGAUAGAGAAACGAAAACGUUCGUCUACUACUGGGACAAGAGUGAGAAGAAGCCCAGGGGAGGGGCCUACUUCCAGGUAAUAGAAGAAGUGUACCUAGACCACGGUAACACGUCAAAAUCACCGAACCCGUUAACGACCUUCAUUGUGAAGACCAGACAGCGUCGGUACUACCUCAUGGCGCCAUCAGGAGAAGCGGCCAGGAUCUGGAUAGACGUCAUCUUCACGGGAGCACAAGGGUACACCGAAUAUCUAGAAUGAAUCGCGUCCAAAACGUAUAGGAGAAAAAUUUUACGACAGGUCAAAAAUUUGGGAGAAUAGGAGAUACAAAUGUUUGCUGUUUAGGCAGUUUGAAGUUUCUUUUCAGCUAAAUAGAGUCUAGAUUGGUUCACAGUUGCUUUGGUGGAGACUGUAAAAUAUCUUCUUGUUUAGAUACUUUUGUCUACACUGUGUAUGCCAAAAUUUAUUUCUGUAUUGUGUGACAUCGGUUUUGGUGAUUUCAAAGUGUAGGUUUGGUGUUCAGAUUGUAUUAGACUUUUGGUCUAAACUGCUGUGCAGUCAGUCUAGACUUUUUCAUCAGCCUUGUAAGCCUUUCUAUCUGGGUUUGAUUCCGAUUUAUUCUCCACGGCAAAUAUGGUGACGACAUUUUUCGGUGACCCAAGACUUAUGUGUCUCGGUUUCGAACUGGAUUAUUCUUAAAAUUAGACAAAUCACCUUACUUUGAAAGCGUGAAAAUAUUAUUUACUUUAUUUGUUAUAUUUUAUUUUCAUUGGUAUUAAAUAUAGCAGUUAUUUCGACCAAUUGCGAGUGGGUAUCUUUAUUUCUUGAAUCACGCUUCUAAAAGUCUGUUUAGUUUGUCCUUGGUAUGUCAUAGAUUAUGUAGUAUGGUAACUUUAUUGUUGAUGUUGCCAGUUACUUCUAUACUAAACAGAUUUUUAGUUAGAAUGUAAGGGGGUUUGUUUAUAUUAAACACUUUUACUGGACUUUAGAAUAUGUCGAUGUAAACUCGAAUGUGUAUUCUGCCUUACAUGUCGGUGAUACACAAUUUGAAUAAGACAUGACAAGGAGAGAGCAAAUUUGUAAAAACAAAAUAUAAUUCACGUAGUUGCAUCCGAGUUAUUUACGAUCUUCGUUUUACUGCCAAAAAAGGCUCGAUAAUCAAUAAAAUCAUUGUAAAACUACCAUUUCACAUAACACCCGUCCAUUAUCAACUUUACCCAAGUCACAAAGUAAUAGUACUUACAGAACUAGCUAGCUAAAGUAGAAACUCAAUCAGUACCAUACAUUUUAAGUACAUUUAUGUAAUUAAUUCUGUCAAUUAAUUGUAGAUAGGUUGUGCUGUGGUGUUUUUGAAGGAACGGUCAUUGUGUAAAAUUACCAGAUAAUUCUGGUUAAAAGUUUGCAAAACUUAUUGAGAAAUGAUGCUCUAUACAUGAGUUGAACUUUUUAAAAUGAAACAUUACGAUUCUAAACUUUUAUUGGAUACUAAACGUAUCUAAAAUAAGGCAAAAUGAAUCGUAUUCUAACGGGCAUAAGACACGGUAUUCCGUGGUCGGAAUUAUUUUAUUGUAACACGAGAAUUUUAUCUUAUACUACCAUAUACCAUAUUAUACAUACGACGCAGUAUUUUAUCUUUACAUAUAUUUUGGUAACUAUUUUAAUGAUGAAAUGUGUCUCGAUUUUAGCAAUAAAACUUUCAACAGUAACCGGUUUAUGUACGAAAUUUUUAACCACUUUGACUGAUUAAAUUCCACAUUACCCGGUUAAUGUUGAUACUAAAUCAAAGUGCCAAUUUUUAUUCGUCAGUAAGAUACAUAAUGGCAGCUAUUUUUAUACAAUUUACGAUAAAAAUCGGAUAACAUUGGUGCCUUGUAUAAGACUGAAUUCUAUACAAAAAAAUAAAUCGAAAAUGUCUUACCAUUUAUAUUAAGUAAAAUAUAUGCUUGCAUGAAAAGUAAAAUAUAGAAAAUUAAUUUUAAAAAGAGUGAUUUUGAAUUUUCGUUUUAUUCCAAAAAUAUCGGUAUGAGUUUUUAAAUAUGAAAUUAUGAUUAAUUUGUGAUUUUGUAUGUAAUAUUUAUAUUAAAUUACGGUGGAAUUUAAUGCAUGGGUAUUUUAAAUUUUAAACUUUAUUGAAAAGGUUAUCAUUGUCGAAUUUCAUUUGCGAUCUUAAAAGACUUUGCAGCUAAAGAAUUCUUAUGAAUUUAUUAUUAUUUUAAAGACACCAAAAAUGUCAUAUAUAAGAUCGCAAUUUCAACAAUAGUACUUAUAAAUAAGACUUCACUAUCCCGUUGAAGACUAAAAGCAUUUUCUUAAAACAUUUAUUUAUUAUAAAAAGAACAUAAAAAACAAUGAAAAGUUUUCUUUUUUGUGAGCGAGUCUCACAAGAAUUGUAAAAAGAAAAAAAUCUUGUGUAUAAUUAUAUUUAUUAUUUGUCAUUUGGUGCAAACAUUGCCAUAUGUUGCCAGGUGUUUACCAUCUCGAAAAUAUUUUUGUAAAAUAUUCUGGUUAGAGUAAUUUUGCACGCUUAAUGCAAAUUAUGUUACCGUCUAGUAUAUAAAACUGUAAUAAAUGCGUUCAAAGCGGAUCGUUGGCUUAUUUUGCAUGCCUACCGCUUUGUUAUAAUUAACGUGGCCAGAUCAAACCGCAAAAUUAAUUUAUUAUUCCAAUAAAUAAUUUGUAUUUUUGGUCUGGCUACACCAGCUUUUAAAUAUGGCAACUAUACUAGCUGCCUUACAUUUUUAAGUAACUAACUAGAACUAAUGAAAUUAUACAAAAUUACCGUUUUAUGUCGUAAUUAUUUAAGUACAAAAUUGUGAUUACUUAUCGAAUCGUAUUACCAGUGUAAAAAAUCAUUUUAUAGAUUUGCAACAUUGUAUUUACUUGCGUAGUUUAAAGGGCUGAUACCAAUUUUACUUUAGAUUUAAGAGAAAUAAAUCACAUUGUAUUAUUAACCUAAUGAAUUAAAGUUCAUUUUAUCUUAAA